AUGCCAUGUCUUUCAAGCGAAGAUGAACCAAUAUGUAAUGAUGCUGACAAUGUAUCCCUUGAGGAUAUCGAACUUGUUGAUGUAUUCAGUCUAAGACGCACUUCUCUGCGGCCUCAAAGCUUCCACAAGUUCCCAAAUGAAACAUAUCGACAAUCUCAUAGGACCUGCCCUCAGUUUAGCAUUCAAGCGCAAUGCAAAGCCUUGUGUCACCUGCAUGAUAUUCUGUACCGACCAUAUUUCAACACACAAUUUUUGGAUGUGUUUGACAUUUACCUUGAGAUCUUAUACCAUGUCGGUGACUGUAUCAUUAAAGCAGAGCUGAAGCAUGAUACACCCAACUGGCACCUUCUAAACUUGUGUCUGUGUUGCUUCUACAAACUAGAGGGUGAAGAUAACCUAGCAUUUGAGUGGCUUGCCACUAUCGACGGCAAUAAUAGCUUGAAAAGAUGGUUGGCAUCUAUGUAUAGCACAAGUCCAUGCGAUGAUUCACAGACAUGUCAUUCUGACUAUUGGCUCAGUCGUGUAAAGGUCGAUGAAUUUAAGAACAGUGUUCAAACACAAUCAGGUCCUAAUGACGAUAACUGGGGCGAUGUCGUACAGCCAGAGUCAGGAUCCUUCCAUUGUGUUGACUGUUGGUGCAAUGCAGGUCCAGACCAACAUAAAUGCAUGUUUUCGGUCUUUGAUGAAACUGGAAUCUUUAUUGCAGCUUGUCGUCACUGGUUCAUCCUUUUAGCCUGUGAUAUGGUGAAGAGUGGAGAACUUGCAAAAUACCCUUUGGCCAUUAUAGAUCAUCUUCUCAAUAUUUACGGCAAGAAUGGUGGAAUCACGUAUGACAUUGGCUGCGCAUUUUCCAAAACACUUUGA